AUGUCACAGCAAAGAUGCCCAUUCGCCUUGGACGAUCUUUGGGGUCCAACAGUGCACCCUUGCCGUCGUGCAUUUGACUUUACACUGCUUUUCGAACAAUCAGUGCUGUCCAUUCUGCCCUCCUCGCUUUUCUUGCUCUUGGCCUUAGGGAGAGGCUACCAACUGUGGCAAAGACAUUACCUAGUCAGCGGGUGGGCCCUGCUAGGAUCCAAACUGACAGCAUCCACGAUUUCUGCCUGCCUUCAACUGGCCCUGUUGGUGAUCUAUUGUGUGGUACCCGCGGACCGCACCAGAGUAUCGAUUGCAGCCACUGCAUUGAACCUGGUUGCGGCAAUGGGACUGGCACUGCUUUCCUACGCCGAACAUAGGAAGACCACGCGACCAUCAUUUCUCAUAAAUGGUUAUUUGCUGUUGACUCUCCUGCUUGAUGGCGUGCAGGUACGGUCACUUUGGCUUGCCAAUGUAAGAACCAGCAUUGCAAGUAUUUUCACCGCGACUUUCGUCAUGAGGGGAGUACAGACCGUAGUGGAAUCGGCUACCAAGACCCGAUGGUUGAUGCAGGAGCACAAUGCUCCCAGUAGUCCGGAAGACUUUGCAGGCAUCGUGUCCAAAACCUUCUUUCUUUGGAUUAACAACCUCAUCCGGCUUGGCUAUAUGCGUGAGCUUGCGUUCAAGGAUCUCUAUCCCAUGCCGGCUGGGUUCUGUACAGUGAACCUAGAGAAGGACCUGUGGGAUGUCUGGGGACGAGCCGUCAAAACCGGGAAGAACGCCCUUCUGGUGUCCACGAUUCAAGCUUUGAAGAUGCGCCUUCUAAGCCCAAUCUUGCCGAGGCUCUGUCUCAUUGCAUUGACCCUUACACAGCCUCUUCUCUUGGUCCAAAUGGUCAACUACAUCCAUGCACCCAGCACACCACCCGAGCGGAAUAUUGGCUACGGACUGCUUGGCGCCUACGCAAUCGUCUAUGUCGGAAUCGCGAUGACCACGGCGUGGUACUGGCAUCAGACCUAUCAAUUCAUUACCUGCGUGCGAGGCGCUUUGGUUGCGAUUGUUUACCGCAAGACCCUCAGCCUCGAUGUAUCAUCCACCAAUAGGUCCUCCGCCUUGACUAUCAUGAAUGCUGAUGUCGAGCGGAUUGUCGGUGGUCUCAGAAUGGUCCACGAGAUAUGGGCGAAUUUUAUCCAAGUUGCGUUCGGAGCCUGGUUGCUGGAACGGCAAGUUGGUGUCGCUGUUGUGCCUUCACUUGUAAUCGCAUCUGUAUGUGCUCUGCUAACCAUGAGGUUUGGAGCGUCUGCGGGUCGGCAGCAAGAGGCCUGGAUGGGGGUGGUUGAAAAACGAGUCGGAAUGACCACCAGCACCCUUUCUGCGAUGAAAAGCCUGAGGAUGUCUGGCUUGAUGCGCAAAGUGAUGGGGAUACUCCAACAGACGCGGGAAAACGAGCUUAAAGCUGCUACUGGGUUCAGGUGGCCCUUGAGCAUGCUCUUUCAAUCUGCCCCGGAAUUAGCCUCGAUGGUGGCUUGUUUUCAACGGAUCCAGCAGUUUCUGCUCACUGACCCGAGGUCUGACCAACGCAAGGUUGUUGCAUCCACCCUCGACAAACUCAAGCCGACGAAUGUUAAAGUUGAAGAAAAAUCCUCGGUCACAACUGCUGCUACCAUUUCCAUCAGGAGCGCGAGUUUCAGCUGGCCGGGAGGUGCAAGCCCGGUGCUGUGCAACAUUAGCCUGUCAAUUCCCAGGCAGAAGCUCACCAUGAUCUUUGGGCCUGUUGGCUGCGGGAAAACCAGUUUGCUGCAUGCGCUCCUUGGUGAAAUCCCUGCCUCGGAGGGUGAAAUAAUUGUCUCCACCGGCACCACAGCAUAUUGUGCUCAAACACCCUGGGUUCGGGACGGAACCCUAAGAGACAACAUUGUAGCAUUCUCCGACUACGAUGAACGUUGGUACAAGGCCGUCCUUCACGCCUGUGCCCUUGAAGAGGACCUUCUCCACCUCGAAGAUGGAAAUGAUACGCAGUUGGGUGACAAUGGGGCAAAUUUGAGUGGGGGCCAGAAGCAGCGCGUGUCACUCGCUCGAGCGAUUUAUGCAAGACGCAGUGUCUACAUUCUUGAUGAUGUCCUCAGUGGGCUUGAUGCUACUACAGAAGCCAAAGUUCUCCAGCGUUUGCUGGGGCCUAAUGGGCUUUUACGGAAUAAUGGCAGUACAACAGUGUUGGCAACCCAUGCAGAGCACCACGCUCCUUACGCUGAUCACAUUAUUCGUCUCAGUGCGAAUGGUGAAGUGGUGGAACAGGGGUCGCUGUCCGAGUUGAAACGGCGCCCGAGCUCUUCAACGAGUGAUACAUCCCACGCGCCUACCCCUAUCCCCGAAAUUGAGAUGGAUGCCGAACUGCCCAGCACACAAGCUAGUUCUCCAACUGUGGAAAAGCCACAAGUUGCAGUCUCUGAGAUUGGCUCAAGUUCGGCGGCAACAGAGUCGGCUAACAGGGUGAAUGUGAUGGUCUAUUACAUGCUGUCGAUCGGGAAGCUCUUUUCUCUGGCUUAUGUCCUAAUUGCCAUUGUGUACGCUUUUCUCUUCUGUUUCCCAUAUGUCUGGGCCGAAUGGUGGAGUGAAGCAAAUGAGAGACAUCCCGGAUACCAUCAAGCUAUGUAUAUGGGCAUCUAUGCACUUUUUCAGUGCUCCUGCCUUAUAGCUCUCGCUGUUCUGGGGUGGCAUGCUGUGAUCAAUGUUGUAUCGUCCGCAGGGCGAUCCCUCCACUGGACCCUUGUGCAAACGACUUUUCGGGCGCCCAUGUCUUUCUUUCAAGCAACCAAGCUUGGUUCAAUUGUUUCCAGAUUCAGUCAGGAUAUACAGCUUGUUGACACAGAGCUACCCAUGGCGCUUUUAAACAUCUUCUGCAGUGGCCUUAUUAUGCUGGGCCAGAUACUCCUAAUCAUGACUUCAUCGUAUUGGGUGGCGAUUUCGUACCCGGUGAUAUUCUUGGUGAUGUUUGUGCUGCAGAAGGUCUAUUUGAGAACCUCGCGGCAGCUACGGAAGAUGGACCUGGAAAACAAGGGCCCCCUCUACUCGCAGUUCAUGGAGUCUCUCGAUGGACUGGCUACAGUCCGCGCCUUUGGAUGGCAAGAAGGACUGAUUCGGCAAAACCACAAGCACUUGGCUCAAUCGCAGACCCCGUUCUAUCUUCUCUUCUGUGUCCAACGCUGGCUGGCCCUAGUCAUGGACUGCCUGGCUGCCGGAUUUGUGCUUCUUCUGAUCGGGCUGCUCAUUGGACUCAAAGAUCGGAUCAGCCCAGGCUUCGCAGGCGUAGCCCUCUCAAACGUUAUCAGCUUGAGCGGCAUCUUGACUGACAUCAUCAUGGUCUGGACCGAGUUUGAAACAUCCCUGACCUCGAUCGGGCGUGUCCGAGACUAUGCCAGCGAGACCCCGGUGGAGGAGCUCUCCACAGCGACCACGACACCUCCCGAGAACUGGCCGGACCGGGGUCAUAUCGAGUUCCAGAAUCUCACUGCCACGUACCAGACUGGGACUGUCCCGGCUCUGCGUAAGAUAUCUCUGAGAAUCGAGCCCGGAGAAAAGGUCGGAGUGUGUGGUCGAACUGGCAGCGGCAAAUCCUCCUUGAUGAUGGCAUUAUUCAAAAUGAUCGAGGUGACUGAAGGAAGUAUCAUUAUUGACGACAUCGCCACCUCAACACUGCCGGCCGAUAUCGUCCGCACCGCCAUGAAUGCCAUUCCCCAGGAACCCUGCUUCUUGCCAGGCUCUGUCCGUGACAAUAUAGACCCCCACCGCGUCUCCGAUGAUGUCAGCGUUAGUCAAGCACUUGCUGCUGUUCACCUGGAGAAUAUAAUCGAACAGCAGGGCGGUCUCGACACCGACAUGUCUCAGGUCCAUCUCUCGCAUGGACAGAAGCAACUGUUCUGCCUGGGUCGCGCGAUACUGAAGCGGUGCAGGAUUGUGGUGCUGGACGAAGCCACUAGCGACAUCGAUGUUGCCACAGAACGGCUUAUCCAGAAGGUCAUUCGAGAGCGCUUUAAGGAAUGUACGGUAAUCACGAUUGCGCAUCGGCUCGAUGCCAUCAUGGAUAGCAAUCGUGUGGUACUGCUCGAUCACGGCGAGGUGGUCGAGUUCGAUCCGCCGGCAGAUUUGCUGGGCAGAAAGUCGCGUUUUCGGGUGUUCUACGAGGCUGGGAAUUACGAGUAG